ACCGUCAUUGCCUAAAUGUCACCAUCUAGCGGUCAAACAGAAAUACUACAAAAACCUACAAGAAAAGUAGUGUUUGCUAUCGGUGUAAAUUAAGUAAAGAAAGCUAACAAUAAUUGUUGACUUUUUUUUUAGGAAACGUGGCAUUAAGUAUUCUCACAAAUAAAUAUAAAUAUAAGGUAUGGAAGUUAAAAAGGGCUUGAGUUAUUAUUGCAGCCCUCGUGUUUCUAUUACGAUCACAUGAUCUAGCGGCUAGCUGCUUUAUUAGCACAGUCUCUGGGAGUUGAACAGGAAACGCUGUGAGCCGACGUUAUUUGAGCUGUCAAACGAAAGAAAUCGUUAUAUUCAAACUAUUUUUUAAUUGUUAUCAUUAUUUUAGCAACUAUCUGAUUAGAACUGCGAAGCACGUUUGGAGAAAUCGUCUCGAUAGAUGUUCUCUAUAUGGCUGCCAUCAUCAAAAUUAAGCAAAUGAGCAUGUGAUCUAAUACUGUGGCUAACAGCAUAUGAUCUGGCCCAGUGGAGGAAGACAACGUCAAACUGGGGUAAACAGUUUCUCAGUGUUUGAUAAGUAGUUAAGAGCCAUGACGGCAAGGAAGUCCCUGCUUAAAGUCAUCUUGCUUGGUGAUGGUGGCGUUGGAAAGAGCUCCAUAAUGAAUCGGUAUGUCACCAACAAGUUUGAUGCCCACCUCUUCCACACUAUUGGUGUUGAGUUCCUAAACAAGACCCUCGAGGUGGACGGGAAUCAGGUAACCCUGCAGAUCUGGGACACUGCCGGCCAAGAGCGCUUUCGUAGCCUGAGGACUCCUUUUUAUCGUGGCUCCGAUUGCUGUCUGCUAACCUUCAGCGUGGAUGAUAACCAGAGUUUUCUCAACUUGAGCAACUGGAAGAAAGAGUUCAUCUACUAUGCUGAUGUCAAGGAGCCUGAGAACUUCCCAUUUGUGGUAUUGGGCAACAAAGUGGACGUGACAGAAAGGCAGGUGUCUUCAGAGGAAGCUCAGAUGUGGUGCCAGGAAAAUGGUGACUACCCUUACUUUGAGACCAGUGCCAAGGAUGCCACGAAUGUAGCUGUGGCUUUUGAGGAAGCAGUCCAUAGAGCGCUGGCUGCAGAUGACAAAGCAGAUCACCUCAUCCCCACAGACACGGUCAAGCUCCACAGAAAGCCCCGCUCUGCCACUUCUUGCUGUUCAUAAAAUCCUUAAGCUAUCACUAAUAAUCCUGAUAUGCCUGCCAUGUUUUGAGGCUGUAGGCAUAAUAUGCUGUAGUAAUAAAUUAUGCUACUAGCUUUUUUUUAAUUAUUAUUGCUAUUAUUUCUCCAAGGUUCAUUGAUGCUAACUGUUGAACUUCUGCCCAGAAUACACGAGAAACACUAACUCCAUUCAUGACCAAUUACAAAAGAACUUGAGGAACCUUUGCAUUGAUUUAGCUUUGGCAUGUUUUAAAAUUCUUUAUGCAUUAAAAAGUAAAUGUUCCAGUUUUCUGCUGUCAUAGUUACACACACUGCUUAGAUGUGAGUGCAAAUAUUAUCUGGCUUCCAAAUGUGAUUGUGCAACACAAUUACAGAAUUUAAUUGCAUCGUAUUAAAACCAUUUGUAUCGCCCGAUAACUGUUUCUAAUGAUUAUGAAUGAAUUAAAUCCCGUCUUUAGAAAAGCUAACCACAGAGACGUUUGAUUACUACCCCUUAAAACUGUGUAAUGUAUUUGCAUCAUAAAUAAAUUAAAGCUGUGUUGGAGAAACCGUCAUGAACAUGUUUCCUUCUGGGAAUAAACUUAAAGAAUAACUUGCAUGACAAAUUUGAGCCUUCAAGUUUCUGCAAAUCUUUGUAUUCUGAAGCCUUGAUGAUGUUCAAAUUAGAUCUAGUGCAUCUGACCAAAACUAAUAUAGAAUGUCAAUACUUGUAUAGAGGGCCAUAAUUCAACAAAUAACUUGUCAAAUAUUUAUGUAUGUGGUACUUUAAACUGGAAUAAACACAAUAAAUUUGAACGCUUA